CUGCUCUCCUUACACCUUGUCCUCUCCUGUUCUCCAGCAUGGUGUCCCUGUAUUUCUCCGGAGGCUCCUGGAUGGCAGCUCUGACAGUGAUACUGAUGGUGCUGAGCCCGCGCCUCGCUUGGGCCAGGGAGACCCAAUCACUUUUCAUGUAUCAGUUUAAGGCCUACUGUUACUUCACCAAUGGCACGGAGCGGGUGCGGUUCGUGACCAGAGACAUCUAUAACCGGGAGGAGAACGUGCGCUUCGACAGCGACGUGGGCGAGUUCCGGGCGGUGACCGAGCUGGGCCGGCCGGACGCCGAGUACUGGAACAGCCAGAAGGACUUCCUGGAGCGGGCACGGGCCGCGGUGGACACGCUCUGCAGACACAACUACGGGGUUGUGGAGAGCUUCACGGUGCAGCGGCGAGUGGCGCCUACAGUGACUGUGUAUCCUGCAAAGACACAGCCCCUGCAGCACCACAACCUCCUGGUCUGCUCUGUGAAUGGUUUCUAUCCAGGCCACAUUGAAGUCAGGUGGUUCCGGAACGGCCAGGAAGAGGAGGCGGGGGUGGUCUCCACAGGCCUGAUCCCUAAUGGAGACUGGACCUUCCAGACCAUAGUGAUGCUUGAAACAGUCCCUCGGAGUGGAGAGGUCUACACCUGCCACGUGGAGCACCCCAGCUGGACCAGCCCUGUCACAGUGGAAUGGAGGGCACAGUCUGAAUAUGCUCAGAGCAAGAUGAUGAGUGGAAUCGGAGGCUUUGUUCUGGGUCUGCUCUUCCUUGGGGUGGGGCUGUUCGUCUACUUCAGGAAUCAGAAAGGACACUCUGGACUUCAGCCAACAGGACUCCUAAACUGAAGUGAAGAUAAUGGCACUCAUAAGAGAAAGAACCUUCUGGCUCAGCUACUUUGCAGCAUGAAAGUGUUUCCUGUUGGGCUUUUAAUCCAUAAAGAGAGUACUUUCUCAAGAUCUGGCUUGCUCCUGCAGAAAAUCUCCUCCCUGAUGGCUUCCUCAACCCCGCCCCUUGACCUGGAAAUCCAGAAUAUUGAAAGCAGUAUCCUAUCUUCAUUCUUUCCUUGUCCUUUUUAUAUUCAAGCCUUAUGGCCUCCCUUUCAUCUGAACACAUCUUUAGCCCACAUUUCUUUACAAAGUUUUGCUCAAAUAAACGUGGAGUGAGAAG